AUGGCAACUCCUGGGGCUUCCUCUGACACGUUGAUUGCUCCCCCUCCUCUCGCACAUCCGCCCUGCCCGUCCAACUUGCACAAUAUGUACAGAACAGCCGCCGACUCGGAAACACAAGCCGACUCGGACCUCGAGCUGGCAGUGCUAGAAUCCACACCACCCUUUGUCCCUAAACUCCUCCGCGAAGCUAGUGACAUUACGUGGCAAGAAUCACUAGAAGGAAGCAGAGACACCGUCACACUCGUCCGUCGUCGUGGGUGUUUUCACCUGCUGCACCAGCAACAGUUUCGAAACAGUCUACUCGCGAGUGUGGGAUACCUGGAGCUGGCGAACGCAGCUGACUUUGCGGCCAAUGUGUGGAACCAGAUCCCGGUGCCCACCUUCGCGGCAGUGCUCAUGGGUAUCGGUGGUACGUUUGCUCUGUGUAUGGUGUUCGUUGUAAUUCAAGAUUUCCGAUUGAGUAUGCGGAAUGUGAAACUGCUUCGGACGGAGCGAGAGAAUCUCAAGGGGCUGCGACAAUACCACAGCAAGAAUACCGAGAUAGUACAGCUGCUGGAGAGCAGACUGGGUGUGAGCGACCGUGAGAUGGGCACCGAAAUCGUGGAUCGCAUCGUCAUGGACCUACUGAUGGGCUUUGGGUCUGUGCUGGUUGGAGUCGGCACGCUGAUGGCCAUCGGCGGAGCGAGUCCACGAGUGUUCAAAGCUAGCAACUUGCUGUCAGGAUACAUUGGCAACGGUCUUGCUGCAAUGUUCGGUCUUGUCAACGCCAUUUGGUCAGGUUAUCUGAUCCACCGCUUCCAUCAACAUCUCAAAGCUGUUCGAACCUCCCAGCUAGGCGAUGACAUCGGGCGCCGCCUGCACAACCGCAUCCGCCGGUUCCAGUGGCAUUCCUUCAUCAACGGUCUUAAUGGUCUCGUUGCUGGGGCGGGAUCCAUGGUCACCGCCGAACGAUGGUGGGGAUACGUUGUCCUGAUUCCGUGUAUUAUCUCGUUGAUCGCUGUGAACUUUUUCUGGCGUAAGAAGCUCGGCUAUGAUAGGCCUCUUCUCAUGGAUGUUUCACUUGCACGCAUGCAGCUUACUCCACUACUCGAGGAUUUGGAAUAUGCGAUUGCAAUGCAGCGGGGUCUCGCAGAGCCUGAAACGUCCCUUCCGCAAGCGCUCGUCCAGAUGGACUCGCUAGAUUCAAUGCUGCGGUUCAUCGCGCAGAACCGCAUGCUAGAAAGAUACUGCGAGUCUUUGACUCGAGACAAACAAACUCGGACACUCUUGAAGGAUAUUCCCUCGCCUACCACCACUCCACACGGAAUCACCAUCUCACUAGACGCACUGACCCGUCUCUCCUCGUCAUCCAAAAACGCGGAGAUUCUCCGCGCUCAUGCCAAGCAAUUUUUACAAAAAGAUGGAGUUCUGAUUUUCACAUAUCGCGAGCGUCAUCUUCUCGAAUUACUUGGCUACGCUGUCUGGCGGGACCAGAGAGCAGCUCCGGCCCAGGCGAUUGGCUCCAGUGUUACUGCUCCAGAAGCAAUGAUAGAUAAUAAAUAA